GCUCAAGUAAUAGAAGUACCUCCUCAUGAUUAGUCUGUCCAGAUGAUGUCUCCUGUCGCAGUGGAGAAGUAUCCAACGCAGUAUACUCCGCAAUAUCCGAUUGCCUACCCUCAGCAAGUCCACGUAGAAACAGGAAAAACCUCUCAAAUAAAUGAUUACAUGGGAUUGUCAAUCUUCACCUUACUGUGCUGCUGUCUUCCAAUUGGAAUAUUCGCAGACAUAAACUCGAUGAAGGCGCGCGACGCCAUACUCGCUCGUGAUGAAUUUACGGCGUCUGAGGCUUCUGCUACGGCUCGCAAGCUGAACACCAUCGGAAUAGUCUUUGGCUGCUUUAUCGUCCUCGCCAUAAUUGUAUUUAACGUGAUCAGGCUGACGUCCUAAUCAAUUAUUUUGACGAAAGACAUCGAUGAUAAAACGGAUGUUGUGAGAAUUUGCUGUUGCAGUUAGCGGAUUU